AUGCACGAAGACAGGGAAGAUGUUAAACCAAAAAUUAAUAUCAUAAUUGACUAUGAAGGGCAAACCUGUACGGUCAAAGUCAAGCCUGGAAUGCAAUUUCAGAAAGUAUUUGAUGCUGCUGAAAAGCGAUUCGGUAAAGAACCUGGAACAUUCAAAUUCAUAUUUGAGGGACAGCGGGUGCGCCCAGAGAUGACACCAGCGGAUCUCAACAUGGAGGAUGGCGACGUGAUUGAUGCCCAUUUACAACAGCUCGGCGGGGGACGUUCACACUUUAGUGGAUAG